GGUUUUUUACGUGAUUGAAACGGCACCGUUUUUGUAAGUUAAAGGUUGACAUGAAAAAGAGGGUUUUGGGUUUAAGCUUACAGCCAUUUUAGCCCUUCCCUUUAUUUUGCUUUAAUCUCACCUUCGUCUUCCUUGAGCUUUCUUCUCCAAACACAACCGAUGUGGUACCUAUGCGUAUUUUACCACAGGCUUCUUGAUUAUAGAAAACCCGAAUUCGAGUCUUUGGCCGAUCUUUUCGGAGCUUUCGGUGAGAAACGGAGCUCCGAUUUCAAUACCCAAGACAAGGUUUUACAAUGGCGGCUUCCUAAACAUCACCACCCCGAUUCCCCCUUCCAUUUCGUUCAUUUACCUUCCGAAGACGUCGCUAGGAACAUUGCGAACCGAAGUAUACUUGUGAAAGGAAUUUAUGAACUUUGGGGUGAAGGAAAUGACUUUGAGGAGCUUGAAGAGGCCGUGAAAAGUUAUCCAGAUGAACGGAAGUUACCAUAUUUGGAGUCUGAAAGUACGUUUAAGGUUACUGUUGAUAGUUUUGGGAAAGUAUUGAGUCUUCAGGAACAGAAUGAACGGAUUCAAGGGCUUUCCUAUAUUCCUUUCAAGGGUCGAGUUAAUUUAAAGAACCCAGAUCACAAUUUUUGGCUAAUGGAAACUGAUGAAAAUGAGACUAAUAAUGGACUUCCACCGGUUGUUAAAAGGAGAAUAUUCUUUGGUAGGGAAAUUGGUGGAGCUGACAGGAAACUUAUACCAUUGUAUCAAUUGAAAACCCGAAAUUAUCUUGGACCAACAGCAAUGGAUGCGGAAAUGGCUUUCUUAAUGGCUAAUCAAGCUCAGGCUGCACCUGGGAAACUUGUUUAUGACCCUUUCGUUGGCACUGGGAGUAUUCUUGUUUCUGCUGCUCACUUUGGAGCAAUGACAAUGGGUGCAGAUAUCGACAUCAGAGUAGUUCGUGAUGGACGUGGCCCUGAUUGUAAUGUCUGGAGUAACUUCAAACAGUAUGGAUUACCGAUGCCAAUUGGUUUGUUGAGGGCAGAUAACAACCUUCCUCCUUGGCGCCCUGGAUUAAAGGAGGUGUUUGAUGCGAUAAUCUGUGAUCCCCCGUACGGUGUUCGGGCCGGUGGACGUAAGUCUGGUGGUCGAAAAUUGCUCAAGGGGAUUGUUGGCCCUUACACUGUCCCUGAUGAAAAAAGGGCAGACCAUAUACCAUCAACUGCAGCUUAUACCCUAGUUGAGUGUGUCCAUGACUUGCUUGACCUUGCUGCUAGGAUGCUCGUAAUGGGUGGCAGGCUCGUAUUCUUCUAUCCUGUGUUGAGAGAAGAUGGUUCUGUAGAAACCCAUUUCCCGGAACAUCCGUGUUUUAAGUUAGUUGCCACUUCCGAACAGAUGCUCAGCUCACGAUACAGUCGUGUUUUACUCACUAUGGUAAAGACAUCUUUAUACACGGAGGAACUCGCUUUGGCAGCUAGGAUAAAACAUUUGGAAUUCAGGGAGAAUCAUCUCAAAUGGUUAGAAAAUGGUAAUCUUCACUCUUUGGUUUUCAGUCCAGCAGAUGCCGAAUCUGGUGAUUCAAAAGUAAGUAAAGAAUCAAAACCGAAAUAUAGAGGGAAAUAUGUCUAGUCUUGCUAAUGUUUUGAGUUGAUUAAUAGGUUUAUGAACUCUUUUAGAUAUUAUGGUUACUAAUCUGUCAUUCGUAUUUUAUUCCGAAUGAUUGAUGAAAUUUUCAUCGAUGAAGGUCUUUAGACUGCAACUUUAUAUGUUGUGAGAGAGUAGGAUAAGUAUUUAAAAAUGAAACAUCACACAAUUUCACGACACCUUUUUUAAUUUUUUAGCCUCUUGUAGUCUUGGAUUUUUCUUUUUUGGCUAACCUGUUCAUUUGUUGUAAAUGAACUGAGUUUGAAAGAACAAA